GUAACCAUCACGUUUCCAUCGGAGAAAAAGAAGAAGGUAAUUAGUGAUGAGUAUGCAGAUGCAGUCAAAUAUCUCGCUCUGGAUCUACCCAAAGCUGCUUGCAAGGUUCUGUUGCAAUCAAAAACGAUGAAAGUUCAUCUUAAGGAACUUUUGUUUGAAGAGAUGGAGUUAGAAAUGCAGUCCGUUUGCUCUUCCAAGAAUAACAGUUUACUGCGUAAAAGCGUGACGGCAUUAAAUCUCAAAGAGUUUGAAGACGAGUUGAGAACAAAGGCCCCUGUCACCAAUGAUCUCUUGGAUAUGCUGUGCACAUCGUCCCGGCAGAAGAAACACAAACGUUCAGGGAGCGCUGAAGUAUCAGAAACGAGGGCAGAGAGGGCUACAUCCGUACGGCUUACAGUAGCAUCAAUGAUACUCUACUGUCGUUGUCCACAGCUAGCAGCUUUAUCCACUCGAAUUGGGCUGAUUGUCAGGCAUUCCGGAUCAGGUCGAAUGGUAAGUUCAUUUCUUUAUUAACUAUGUCUAUCGGCAGAAUAAAAUAAAUGUAGAACCUGCACCAAAACUGUUUCAAGGGGAAUGUUGUAGACUAUAAUCAAGUCACAUUUAUAAAGAACAACAAGGGGCAUACACUAGAUUAAAAUGAUCAUACAUAACAUGUGAUUAAAAUUGGAGUUUACUAUUUCAGGGCCUCGAAACCCUUUACAGGCAUGGGGUGUGUCCACAUCCAGAUACAAUACACAGGAAGGCACAACAGUUGGGGCUGGAACAUGAUCGUGAAGUUUUGAAGUGGAAGAAUGAAAAUGAGAACUCACAGAGAAAGUUGGAAAUCCUAGAUUCAAUAGAAACCUCAUUAAAAGACACCAUGUAUCUUGGCAUUCAGCCUACCAUUUGUGAAUUUAAGGACGUCAUCCUCCAAAAGAAAGCUGGAAAAGAAAUGUGUUUGGCAUUGCCUGAUCGAUUGGAAAAUGAAAUCACAACACUGGAUGUGUCCUGUCUGCAGCUGGCUUGUCAGGUGACCACACCAUAUGAGGUGGUACAAAACGUGUUUCAGAAUCAAGCAACUGUAUACUCUGUGGAAGAAGUUAUGGAGUGCUUUGAAACAGUGGUCGCUGUUGCAAUUGAAGAAGGUGUAUGUCACCCAAUUGAAGCCUGCAACAUCGCAAAGAAAAAGGUUGAAGAAAACAUCCCAGGUUACCAGAUUAUCGGCGACAAUCUGGAUCUUCACAUCAAUGUGAAACACAUGUCCAAUGACAACAGGAAUAACUCUCUACACAUGUUUAAUAUAGUUGCCAUAAAGGAUGAUGUGUCUGGCAAGAGCCUUCCAGACCACAGCACAAUCACACUAGAAGAAAUUAAGGUAGCAGAUUUCCUUCCAUCCGCAAGAGACAUAGAUCUCCUCAAACGAGAUUUCAUUCCAAUCUGGACACGUGUAUUGGUCACGCAGUUAGAGAAGUUCAGUUUGUUCAGGCCUGUAGUCGUGUGGCACAUUCCACAUGAAUACAGUGCCGUAAUGCAGCAGCCAUCAAAAGUGGUGAGAUUAAUAAAGUCACUUAAACAUUAAAUAGAACUAAUAAAUAACUGGUAUGAGAAAACUAACUCCUUUUUAUGGUCCCACUUAGGCUGAAGCUAAGCUGAGGAAUAUAUCGCACCCUCUAGGCUGCUUACAGUAUUUAGAUUUCUUACUUACAUUAUUGUGCAAGAUAUGUGCUACGUGGUUGUAAAUAUCUCACUUUAAGUGGCAGCUGGCACCCCAUUAUGGUUGUGCUGGUUUUUAGAGUCAAAGGGGCUACUCAACAGCAUUUUACAAGGGGAGGUUCUGCCUCAAGUAGCCUACAUUUUUCUGCACCCUUUGAGGGUGUCCAAAUACAUAGGCAAAAAAUCCAGGUUCAAACUAUUUCACUGAAAAUAAUAAUUUAAGAAUCAUUAUUAUUAUUAUAUAUUUUCUAGCCACUUGAUGAAUGAAAGGAUAUACUCUCCACAAAUACCAAAACUGUGAGAACAGACCAGUUUCCACUUUAUUGUACAACAUAUGGCACCUACUAAUGCUCCAUGUUGUACAGUGAAGCUGGCACCACGUGCCUCUCACUCCCAGUUUUAACGUGGCGAUUAUUUAUAUUUUUGCUGAUUACUUCAGACUCCUGCUGCAGACUAAGCUUUGGGAUAUCUUUUGUGUUGACAUACCCCUACUAAACACCAAGAGAAAAUAAUGGGAUGCAGAGGAAAUCUUAGGGCAUUGGCCGGCAUAUGUAAAUUCAUUCCAAAAAUUAUCCAUACCUCCCCCACGGAAGGGAUUUUUCCUUAGACUGCCCUCCUCUUUGGAAAUUCCAGUCAAGCUUCAUACAUUUACUUAAAAUUUUGGGCCUUUGGGAACCAACCAACAACCAACAACCAACCAACAACCCCUCACCCCCACCAGGAAUUUCCAGUUCUUUCUGUGGGGGGAGUAUGGAUAUUGUCUGGAAUUACACAAUAUCAAAUUUAGUACAAUGUUAUCGCUGACAAAGUGUCCCAGUAUCCUAUCUUACUAAAAAAAGAAAAAAAGUUUACAAGUUCAUUCUUUAAAUUUUCAGGUUCCUCUGGGUGUUCUUCCUAAAAAUGAGAACCUUAACGAUGACAUGAUAGACAUCAUGGAAACAAUACAGGAAAAGUAUGUGCCUAGAUCAGACAAGGAAAAAGGAUUGAAGACAGUCUUCUUUGGGGGGGACCAAUUGACCGAAGAGAGGGCGAGGAAUGUGCAAAUGGCUAGACAAGACGGAAGAACAAAGGAAGAAAGACUUGAGGGACUGUGGCCAAAGAAUGAGGAUUGGCAUGCCAUCAGGAUUGCAUAUGAUGUAAGUUGAUUAAUUGGUGGCUUAUAGUAAAGCUUUUUUUUGGCAAGUUACAUUAAGCAAAUGUCAAUAAAAAGAAAAGGACAAAAUAGAAGAGAUAAUUUGCGAUGUUAGAUUCAUCAUUCUAUACUGAAACUAUAUUUUACUGGGAUGCUGGUUCACAGGGCUUGACAUUCCCAUAAAAACAAUGUGUCUUACAGUACUUCUGUAACAUGAAUCCCUUCCAUUUGCAAACUUCACUAGCUCUAAACUAUUGGACACAUUAAUUUCUUUGCAUAGGGAGGACAAGACCCCAAAAAAUCUAAAUUGCUCUCAUCAUACUCUAACAUGCUCAUCAAUAAAAUGAUAUAUGUCAGAUGUUGUUUAUCCUCUUAUAGUAUCCAUAAAUGUAGGUAUCACAUGGACAUACCAAGGAGAAAAAGUAAAUUGAUUUUCUAUUCGCAAAUUGAUUUAAAACCUCUUUUUCAGACCGUGUUGAAAACACUGAACAAGCCGAACUCUCUUAUGGACUGGGGGACGUAUGCAUCCAAUGCCAUUGUUUCUGGCAAUAAAAAUGGAUUACUUAAUGUCAUGGACAACUAUGACAAAGUAAAGGAGUUUUUUGCAAUUAACUUGGAUGCAUUCAUCACAUCAGCUGCACUAGAGUACUUUGGAAUGGAAAAUGUAAACUCAACACCCACCAUCAACAGUUUUGAACCAUCCUUAAAAUGGGCUAACCAGACAGAAAAGCGUCAGUGGUUACAUAAGCAUGCUGGUCACAUGAUCGACAAAUUUGUGAUGGAUGGUGUAACCGAUCUAAACUCAAUACGAGAAGAAUUUUCUGCUCCUGCACCACCUAAAGUGGAACAUCCUUGCAGGCACCCAGGCUGCAACAGAAAGUUCUUUUACAUGAAGUGUUUGCUAAAGCAUGAAUUAAAUGUUCAUGGACUUGACUUACCCAAUCCAGCCAAUGGACCUGAAAAGCAGUCUGAACACCGAGACCACACAGAAGAGAAGAUAAAGUCAGAUGGCAUAUAUGACUAUGGAUGUUUGACUCUUAGCCUUGGAUUGCUUCUGAGAGAUGCUGAUGAUGCUGUUCGUGAAGGAGACGGGGAAAGAUUAUCUCGUGUAUGGAAAUUCCUCACCUUUUUGUACCGGGCAGGAGGGAACAACAAGUAUGCACUGGCUGGUUUACGACUUACGGCAUCUCAUCUGGCCUUGUUAAGCCCACGUCAGUCUCACAGACUGAAAUGGAACCGCUUUGCUGCGAGAGAGUCAGGGACAGGAAGGAGGCUUUCUCGUGAUCUGCUACUGGAGAACAACAAUCUCAUAGGAAAGGAAGAAAUAAAGGCACUUGGUUUUCCUAACAUUAACAAUCAGAACAUUAUCUCAGCAACAAGAAGCAUUGGUCCAAUUCAGGAGCUGCUGCAAAAAUCAAACAAAGAUCUGGGGUUGUCAAAGAGGAAAACACACCAUGCAAACAAAACAAGACAAGAUGUAUUCAAUCGUGUUCUGCAUCAAGUCCACCAGAAAGCAGCUGUCUUCAAGUACUCUCCUGGGAGGAAAUACAAUUCUUUUCCAAAUGUGCAACCAAUUUUCACAACCAUUGACAGGAAACAGCUCCAUGCUUGGAUCAAACGCAAC